GUGAUGGCGGCGCGUUUUAGGGACGUCACAACGUUGCCAGAUACGCGUAGCUGUGUGAGCGGUUUGAUGUGUGGUCAACAAGUAAAACAACCCAUAAUGUACGACCAUUAGACCAAUGCAAUACACAUCUAAUAGCAAACAUGUGCUAGAUUAUGUGCUUAGUUGUCGCAUGUGCCUCCUUUAGUUUACUGAAGGGUUUAAGAUGUAGUGUAGGCGAUAUGUCGUGUUGUAUCAGCCGCUUCCCAUCUGGCAACCCUGCGGGAGACUGGUUGCCAUCAUGGCGGCAGAAGGCGAAAUGAGAGCCACCGAGGAGCUUGGAGAGCCUUCAACUACCUCCAAUAAUACCACACUCCAUUCAGCCAUGGAAGUCGCAGAGGUUCCCACAAAACCUCUUCCAGAGAUGUUAAAUGAGAACACCGAGUCCUCUGAAGACCCAGAUGGUUUUCCCAUCGGUCUUUCUCCAGCAGACUCUGAAGGUCCUCCAGCUGCGGACCAAGACGAUGGUGACAUGCCAGCAGACUCUGAAGGUCCUCCAGCUGUGGACCAGGACAAUGGUGACAUGCCAGCAGAAUCUGAAGGUCUUUCUCCAGCUGCGGACGAGGACGAUGGUGACAUGCCAGCAGACUCUGAAGGUCCUCCAGCUGCGGACGAGGACGAUGGUGACAUGCCAGCAGACUCUGAAGGUCCUCCAGCUGCGGACGAGGACGAUGGUGACAUGCCAGCAGACUCUGAAGGUCCUCCAGCUGCGGACCAAGACGAUGGUGACAUGCCAGCAGACUCUGAAGGUCCUCCAGCUGCGGACCAGGACGAUGGUGACAUGCCAGCAGAAUCUGAAGGUCUUUCUCCAGCUGCGGACGAGGACGAUGGUGACAUGCCAGCAGACUCUGAAGGUCCUCCAGCUGCGGACGAGGACGAUGGUGACAUGCCAGCAGACUUUGAAGAUCUGUGGGAGGCUGCACACAGCAUCCCCCAGGACUUCUCCAGCUGGACUAACCUGUUGAAAUACUGCGAACAAGAGCGCCACUUUGCGGCGUCUCGGAGAGCCCUGGUGGCGUUCCUGGCCCGCUAUCCCCUCUGCUACGGCUACUGGAAGAAAUAUGCUGACUUGGAGCGCCGUGCUGGUAACAACGACAAAGCACUGGAAGUGUGUGUCCAGGGUCUGCAGGCCAUCCCUCUGAGUGUAGACUUGUGGAUCCACUACAUCAACCUGCUGCUGGGAAUGCUGGACAUGAGCCUGCCCGAGUCACCCCAGCGUAUGCGCAGUGUGUUUGAGGAUGCAGUUGGAACCGCAGGCCUGGAGUUCAAAUCAGACCGGCUGUGGGAGCUCUAUGUGGAGUGGGAGAAGGAGCAAGGCAACGUGGGGAACGCUGCAGCCAUCCUAGACCGAGUUCUCAGAGUUCCCACUCAGUCGUACAGCACCCACUACGACAAGUUGAAAGCACAUGUGAGCAGCCACCCUCCCAAGGAAGUGCUCUGGCAGGAGGAGUACGAGGAGGUGAGGGCCUUGUGCCGUGAACGCCAGCGAGUGGAGUGGGACAAACAGGCCAAGGACAAGGACGACGAGCGGCCCCCCGGGGAGGACCAGCCCGCCACACCCGAGGGCGUGGACACUGACGAAAUGAUGCAGAGAAUCAGAGAAGAGGUGUUGCUUCGCAGGGACCUGGUCUACCGGAAGAACGAGGAGGAAGUCCGUAAGAGAUGGAACUUUGAAGACGCUCUCAAACGUCCUUAUUUCCACGUGAGGCCGCUGGAUCACGCACAGCUGCAAGGCUGGCACUCCUACCUGGACUGGGAGAUGGCUCAGCAGAAGCAAGACCCUGCAGACCACAACACAAAGACGGAGGCAGCUGGUAAGGAGGAGACUGACGCCCACCACAGAGUUUGUAUUCUCUUUGAGCGCUGCCUCAUCGCCUGUGCACUUUACCAGGAGUUCUGGACCAGGUACGUGGAGUAUUUGGAGCCUCUGAGUGUGGACAGGACUCGUGGCGUCUACAAGCGAGCCUGUGAGAUCCACCUGCCAUGCAGACCCAACAUCCACAUGCAGUGGGCCACCUUUGAGGAGAAACACGGUGACCGGGCCCAGGCCCGGCGAGUGCUGGAGGCCCUGGAGAAGAACACGCCAGGUCUGGCGGUGGUGCGUCUGCGCAGGGUGGCCUUGGAGAGGAGGGCGGGCCGGCUCCAGCAGUCCCAAGUUCUGCUGCAGGAGGCGCUGGUCCAGUCCAAAGACAAGCCCACCUUGCACGCCUUCUACUCCAUCAAGCUGGCCCGGCUGCUGCUGAAGAUCUGCAGGAACCCCAGCAGAGCUCGCAGUGUUCUGCAAGAGGCGCUGGAGAUCAGUCCGGACAAUGACAAGCUGUACCUGAACUGGUUGGAGUUGGAGCUGGAUGGUGAGCCCUGGUCCUCAGUGGAGGCGGUGCAGCAGUGUGUGAGGCGGGCCCUGGCUGCUCCCCUCCCCCCAAACAUCAAGCUCCGCUUCUCACAGCGCCGCCUACAGUUUGUGGAGGAGUACUGCAACUCCAUCAAGAGUGUGUUGUGUGUCUAUGACGACCACCAGAAACUGAUGAAGGAGCUCGGCGGGACAAAGAGACCAGCAGAAACCAGGGAUGAAAAGCCAGAGAAACAGAGCAAAGGUGAUGACGCCUCAGCGGUGGUGGUUGCACCUGCACAAGCCUCCACCACGCCGGCUGAUGUCCCGACGACCACCACGCCCACUCCCCCGACAGUGAGCGCCGACACCAGCGUCCAGGUUGGCGACGGCGCCUACGGCAGCACCUGGUACCAGCAACCACAAUACAGUGGUUACGGCUACCAAAACACCUGGAACUACCACCAGGGCUACUACCCGCCCAGCUAACCGGGAAGAAAGGUUGCCUUGACAACAAACUGUUCCCAUGAAGAAGAAAGCUUGCCUCUCACUGCCCUGCAUGGGUGAAGACAAGGUGUUGAAAGAAGAGGAAACUAUUUUUAUAUUGCAGUCUUUUUCAGUCUCGUAUUCAUGUUUGCAUUUUGAAAAGCUCCAGCUGAACUACAUUUCUUUGCAUUAUUUUAGACUGUGGACAAAUAAAUGUGUUGAAGGCAUGGAAAACAACAA